AUGGCUGGCUAUCCGUCCUUCAACUUUGGCUUUGAGCUUGAGCUGUCUCUCAAUAGCAGCAAGAGACACAAGACAUGGCUCUCCAUGGCCCAGGACACCGGUGCGCGACUGGCCAAGAAGGAAAUCAACAACCAUGUUAAGGAGGUGGUGGACGGGAACUACCGCAAGUGGUCCAUUGUCCAGGAAAUUACGAUUCCUCAGAAUCCGGCCAAGAACAAUUGGGCACUUGAGCUAGUAUCUCCUGUCUUCGGGCUGGAUUCUCCUUGGAUGGACGACACCGACCACAUAUUCUCUGCUAUCCAAAAGCACUCAUCUGUACAAAGAGUUCCCCAGUGCAGCACCCAUGUCCACAUCAGCCAGGCCGGUCAAGACUUCACCCCAUCGCAACUGGAGUGCUUGGCCAAGGCAAUCCUUGUGUAUGAGUCUUGCUUCGAUGCCCUCGUGCCCAAGGACAGGGCAUCCGCAUACUGGUGCCAAAGCAACCGUCGCAAUCCUGUUUUAUCUCGCUGCAAGACCCUCGAAGACUGCCUUGGCCUUCUUGAAAUGGCGUCGCAGAAAGGAACUGCCGCCAUCGUCGAGGCCAUGUGCUUGUUCCCAGCCUCAAGCGCCUACGGACGUGCUCAUGGGCAGAAGAAGGACUUUGUACACGGCAAGGUCUACAAGUGGAACUUUGCUCCUCUGCUGGGGUACGACAACUGUCGGACUAUUGAGUUUCGACAGCCUCCCGGCAGUACAUGUAUGGAAGAUGCCGUUGGCUGGGUCUUGCUGACGCUGACGUUCGUUGCGGGAGCGACUGGGGGCGGGAACUGCCUCGGGUCGUUAGAGCCUGGCGGCGCCGGCGACAGACUGGAGCUUUGGCAUCUUCUAUGUCACGGUGCAGUGGUCCUCGGACUUGAACCUUUCUUGCUCGAUGUUUUGAGGAACUUUUUGGGCAAAAGUCCAGUCUAA